GACGUAAUCCCGCGACUUCAUCAGGAAACGCGAACAUAACAAACAACAUCGCGGCUGAGAGACCCCUCAAGCUUUGUCCCGUUUUCUCCUGGAGCUGCGGACUGUUUCUGAGUUUUAUUCAUCUUUAUUCUCAUUAUCAACAUUUUAUAACCUCUGCGCUGUUAGCUGAGUGAAGCUAACGGGAGCUAGCUGCCUGCACGGUAGCGUUGGACCAAAAUGGAUGAGAACAAGGUAACGUGCUAAAGGCUACAUGCUAACCCUCAUCAUGGUGUUUUCACUUAAGAAAGCGUUCAUCAGGGACAAAAAUAGUCUUUAUCCGUUAAUAGACUUUCAUCUGUAUGUAUGUUAGAUGAGUAAGUAAUGCCCUGAUAGUAAACAUACAUUAUCAGCAUGUAGCCAACUGUAAGUUAACAAAGAGUGACUUCACAGUUUUUCUUUUAUAUAAUGUCCACCCAACUCGGUCCUGAUCCAGAACCACAAUACUUGGACUUGUUUAGUCUGGACUCUAUUCCUCUACAGGGGCUAUUGAUUGUUUUAAACACAGUUUCAGAUUGUGGACCCUCUUUUCCAGUCUUGGUGUUAAAUAACCUUUUAUGCCUUUUACUGUUUUAUCGCUUGCUCAUUUCUGUUGCUCUAUUUUAUCAUAACUUUUAACAGUAUUACGUGUUAAUAUUUUGUUAUCAUUGUUGAUAUUGCCUUUUAUCUUUACUAUCCUGUUUCUGCUUUCAGCCCCCCUUUUAAUUGCAUUUUCUUUUUUCUUGACUAUUUUAUGUUUUUAGUUCGGUCCUCAUGGUCUCAUUUUAUGUUGCAUGGUUCUUUAUUGUCUGGGUUCCUUAUGACAUGGAAAUGUCCUUCAAUUCCGUUUUAAAUGAGCUUUUUGUUUUUAACUGUCUUUUUCUAUGUGCUCUAUGACUAUAUGGCAACGUACUUUGUAAACUUCUGUUUUUAAAGUGCUAUAGAAAUAAAGUUAUUAUUAUAAUUAUGAUUAUUGAUCCAAACCCGGUUAAACGAGGUUCAGGACAGAAACAGAAAGGACACUGUCAUUUUGCAUUUUCACAAAUAGAUGGCUAAUUUAAUAAAUCUGAAAUCAUGUCUUUGAGAGACUGUAACAUCCGUUGACUGGUCUAAUCUAUAUCUGAUAAGUCUUAGCCUUGUAGUUCUGGACCUGGUUUAAUAUCACCAAGACAUUUUUCUGCUCUUCACAGAAAAAUUCAAGGUCCCACAAGUCACUUUUAAAGAUACUGAGAUAUUCUGGUCCUGGUUUAACUAAUUUCUGUGUUAUGGUGAAAAUGAGGAAGUUGGCUUUGCCCCUGAUUUAGUGAUGGAGCUGCUUGUGAGAUGUGUCCAAUAGUGUUGUAGGCAAGACCGCACCAACCGAGACCAAGACAUUACCAAGACCAGACAAGACCGAGUGAAAAUGCCUUCGAUUCUGAGACGACACCAAGACCCUCAAAAAAUGGUCUUGAGACCGAUCUUGAGUACUAUAACACUACUGUAUGGUAACCGUUAGCUUACCUGUCUUUAUGCUUCCUCUCGAAUUGACGGUAAAAGUUUGAAGUCGUACCAGCUGUGAGUUGUGCACUGCAGAAUCUGCACACUGCAGAGUGUUUUCACUUGCAUGUCGUUUUACAAAUAAACUCCUUGUGGUUUAGGAAACCGAACUUAAUUAUUGCUGAGUUGGCAGACAUCUUUCACGACGAGUUCACCGGGUGCCGAGCAUGAACACAGCCUCUCCUCCUGUCGUCUCCAUCAUCUUUCUGUAUGGAGGGGGUGUGUCAGUCACUCAGACUGUGUGACACUGGGCAGGUAACUUACCAGCUGCAGGUGGGGGAGAAUCAUUACUACCAAUGAUGUGAAGUUAUUAGCUCGACCGGUCUCGUUCAAAAACCCAAGUCCGCUCACUCCGGGACCAAGAAAAGACCGAGUGAAAAUUCCGAGACGACACCAAGACCCUCAAAACAUGGUCUUGAGACCAAGACCGAUCUUAAGUUCUAGUGUCCAACCUCCUGAUCUGUGUCAGCUCUAAAAUACCUCAUGAAUUAUUUCCCUCUGAUAAUAACGCAGUGUUAUCUGUGUGUUCAGAUGGUGGCUGGCAAAGUAAAGAAACCGGGCAAACGUGGACGUAAACCUGCAAAGAUCGACCUGAAGGCCAAACUGGAGCGAAGCCGUCAGAGCGCGAGAGAGUGUCGGGCCAGGAAGAAGCUGAGGUACCAAUACCUGGAAGAACUGGUUUCUAGUAAGGAGAGAGCCAUCUGCGCCCUGCGGGAGGAGCUGGAGAUGGUAAUGGAACCGUUUUUCAGGGAGAGCUAGAUAAACCGAUCAUUUUAAUCUAACAGUCGAUGCCAUGUAAUUCCAUUUUUUCGGAGAAUAAUUCAGGUUUGAAGUUUUAUGUUUCGAGGGCUGAUAAAACAGGUGUUCAGCAGUUUGAGUUUUGGAUGUUUGCUUGUUAAUUUCAUUAGUUUUUGUGUGUUUCUGUCUUGCAGUACAAGCAGUGGUGCUCAGCCAUGGAUCAGGGGAAGAUCCCGUCUGAAAUUAAAGCUCUGCUGACCGGAGACGAGCAGAAACUGCCUCCAGGGGGCAGCAGCACAAAGACUACGAAGAACAAGAACAACAUCAGCAGUAGCAAUGGAUGAAUGCUUGAAAGUGAGAGAGUGAGUGAGUGAGUUUAAAAUGCUGCUGCUUAUUCCGUCUAUAAACACAAACUAACACAUAGCUACAGGCUCCACUUCUGCUCAUUUCCUUCAUUUCACAUCUUUUCAGUCUGUUUCUGCUUCUCACAGCGACACAAACUCUGUGAGGAGCUCAAAAACUAUACUUUUUCUUAAAUAGUAAAUAUUUCCUCCUGAGGAGUUGAAAAAAAGUCGUCCCUCCUGCCCCAGAGUUAAAGUUGAGAGGUUGUCAGAGGGGAUCAGCGUGUACAGAGAUGUUAAAGAGUGCGUUGAUAAAUGUUGGAUAUAUUUUUGUACUUGUAAUUCAUAUGUAAGCUUAGAGGAAGUGUGUCUUUGUUUGUGAAUCUUUUGUUCAGACUGCUCCUGACUUCCUAUUUGAGAUCAUAACUUCAUCAUUUCUCUAUAAAUUAUUGUUGAGAAACAGACUCAAAGAUUCAGUCCACAGCUCCUGUCUGUCCCGUUUCAUUCUGCAGCAUUAUCACAGAAAUAUCUACAUGUUUCUGUUGGAAGUUAAAAAGCUCUCAAUUAGUUUUAUUUUGUUUAAGGAACUUUGUGCACUUUCCUGUUUUGGCUGAAGCACUUUGGUAGACGGCUGUAGGCUGAAGCUUUGCAACAUUUCAUGUCUCUGAACUUUUGUUUGGAAAAUAAAUCAUGUGUGACCACUAGAGGGC